AUUAAUUACUGAAUUUUUUCGAAACUUUAGUUACGUACUAAGGCAAAAUUUGUACGUAACACCCCUAACUUGUCGGGGAGAAUUAGUACCAUUCUCAAAUGAAGCAAAGUAUUUGGGAAUUAUCCUGAACCAGACUCCAAACUGGAACGCUCAUUUGAAAAAAGUAAGCCAAAAGGCAAAAUUGUCGCUUUGGAACUGCCACAGGAUCUGCGGAAAGACCUGGGGAACAAUUUCAAAACAGAUUCACCAUGAUUAUCAGACCAAUGAUAACCUAUGGCUCUGUAGUAUGGUGGGGCAAGGCGAAUCAGAAAAGGGCCCAAGCCGAAUCAGAGACGGGUCCAAGCCACACUUAGCGGACUGCAGAGAAUAGAUUGCCUGGCGAUAACGGGAGCGUUGCGCACCACGCCUACAGCAGCUAUGGAAGUUCUCAUAAACCUAACUCCACUCCACAUAUACCUGAAGAGGGAAGCAAUGAGGUCAACGUAUCGGCUGUAACAUGCUUCAAAAAACACUUCGGAGGGGAGAAGCGCAAUGCAACACACGGUGCUUGUGGAUGAAAUAAAUCGACACGGCACCCUCAGCAUGCCUUCUGACAUAAUGCCAAAGAAAACCAACUGUGGUUUGCCUUUCAAAACAAUGAUUCCCGACAGAAAACCAUAUUUUCUGAUAGCCAAAGCGUUGGCAUUCAUACAUUGCACGUCGUAAACAGCAUGGAACUGCAAACAAGCCCUGACCCAGCUAGGGAAAAAGAACAACGUUUCACUAGUCUGGAUACCGGGACAUACCAGACAAGAAGGCAACGAAAAAGCGGUCAACUUGCGAAAGCUGGAUCGGAGCCUAACUUAAUUGGACCAGAGCCAGUAACGGCUAACAUCACAAUCUCGACCUGGGCCAAUACAGAGGCCAAACAAUAUUGGUCGAGACUACCAGGCAUGAACCAUGCAAAAUCCUUUGUACCCUGUCCAAAAGGGGGGAAAGUGGCAGACAUACUUCUGGGAAUGGGAAGGAAGAGCCUCAAAGCACUGGUGGGUGUGUAUACUGCACACUGCAGACUCCGUUAUCAUAUGCACAGGUUCGGAAGAGCACAAAGUGCCGAGUGUCGCCUAUACAUGGAAGAGGACGAAACUGCAAAAUACGUCCUAUGCAGGGCACGUGUCCGGCGAUAGGCAGAAUCAGGCAUGCUGUUUUCGGGGAGUCAGCUGUUCGACCCGAAUACAUAAAGCAUGCUUCCCCCACACUUAUCUCCACCUUCAUAAGAAGGGCUGGACUGAUGGGGGAAAUAUGAAACUCGGAGUGAUUCACAAUAGACCGUAGGUCGCAGUGGAAGGGCCGACAUCGGACCACUCACAAGAAACCUAAACCUACAUACCGUGUCGAAUUUUCCAGUGAAGAGGUGACUGCUUGAGAAUGUUUGAUAACAAAUUUUCAGUUACACAAAACACCUUAAAGAGGAUUCUCUAAAAUCUAAUAAAAAUUUAACUUUCAUGCUCCGACGAGACCAACCGAACCCUUAGGCUAUUUAAUGACUUUGUAUUAUUUAAAAAAAAAAAACAUACUUUGAAUUGACAAGAUUGUUUCCAAAUCUCAUUAGCACAUAAACUAAUAGUUGUAUACGAAACUAAUUAUCACUCACUAUAAAAUGACAUUAAUUUGCACUCAGGAGAAGGAUUUUAUAGUCAUUCUAAGAAAAUCAAUAAGUAGAAACUUACCCAGUUGUAUAGAAGGUUAUACAGUUGACAACAUUUUUUUGUUCUGAUUACACAGCAUCGAUGUUAUUGACUCUUUAUCAUUGAAAAAAUCUAUAGAUAUGAGUGCUUUCACAAACUUAAUAUCGUGUAUCAUUCUGUUAGGUUUACUAGAAGAGCUUUCAAGUCACGAAGGUAAAUCUCAUCAAAACCCAUCCUUAAAAGUAAUCUGGAACAUCAAAUCAUUGCAGUGCGCUUCCCACGGAUUUGAUUUUGCAGAAAUAUUGAAAAGCAACAACAUAAUCCAUAACGAACACGGUAGUUUUAAUGGAAAUGUCAUAAAUUUGCUUUACGAUCCGGGUAAAUUUCCUGCCAUUUUGAUGAAAAAUAAUCAAGAAUAUUUGAGAAAUGGCGGAGUACCUCAAGAGGGCAAUCUGAAUGAGCACCUCGAAAGUUUUGAGAAAGUUGUGGAACAAACUAUACCAGAUCUAGAAAAUCAUGGUUUGGCAGUAAUAGACCACGAAAACUGGAAGGCCAUUUACAGGCAAAAUAAUUGGGGAAAAUAUAUAGCCUAUCAAACGUUAUCUGAAAAUAAAGAAAAGAAAAAACAUCCAAAAUAUUCGAAUGAACGAAUCAUAGAAGAAGCUUCUAAAACAUUCGAAGAUGCUGCCUUUAAAUUUAUAGAAGAAACCAUAAAACUAGGAAAAAGUUUAAGACCAAAUUCCCAAUGGGGCUACUAUCAUUAUCCUUAUUGCUUUGCCAAUGGGAAAACAGACACUUGCCAUAGGCGCGUUAUGGAAGAAAAUGACAGAUUAAGGAGUCUCUUCGAAAUCUCAGAUGUACUUUAUCCGUCACUUUAUCUGCAAGAAGAAAAUACAUCAGAAGAAAGGGCGCGCUUUAUUCGAGCCUCUUUGGAUGAAGCUAUCAGAGUUAAGAACAAACUUCAAAGAAAUAAGAAAAUUUAUGUUUAUUAUUGGUAUAAAUAUCAAGAUAGUGAAAACUUUAUAAGCAAGGAAGAGCUUACCAGUACACUAAAAAUCAUAGCAAGCUACAAUAUCGACGGUCUUAUACUUUGGGGAGCAAAUGCAGAUGUAAAUACGAGUCCUAAAUGUGGUGAAGUCUACGAAUAUAUAAAUAAUACAUUUGGUCCAACUCUAAGAAAUGUUUAAAAUAGUUUAGAAACAACUUCAAAUAAAAAAUAUUGUAGAUACCUACUUCUCAGAAUUUUCGUUGAUUUUAUAAGAAAAAUAUUGAUA